CAGCUGGACUCAGAGUACAAAUCAAAACAACCAGGGCACACACACAAACACACACACAUCCAUCGAGAGACACGGUCAGGACAGAAGCUCUGACACACAAGCACGCAGCACAGCAAGGAGUUGCUUGGUACAACAGGACAGACGUGACUGGGCCAGACCCCAGGCUGAGAACACACCGGCAAUACACACAUACACACACUUCUGCACAGGAAAACACACGCACUCCUGCAGAAGAUAACACACAACUGUUAGAGCAGUGGAGAUGACUGACACGUCUGCAGCUGACGAGGAGAAGGACCCUGAUAUUGAACUUUUUGUCAAGGUGGGGGGUGUGUGUGUAUGUGAGGAUCAUAGGUUAUGUCUUUCUACUGUAUGAUUAUCUGCUGCGUAGUGUGUGUGUAUUGUUGUUGUUGUUGUUUUCCCGUGGCACAGGGCCAGAGUAACCCAACACGCCUGCUAGUGUUUUCUCUCUCCUCUGUCUCUCCUAUACCUUCUCCUCCUAUUCUCUGCUGCCCCCUCUCUCUUUCUCUGCACGACAGAUCAGAUCUACUGAAUUAUUUCUGGUCCUCUAAGCAGUGAAAGCAGGAGGUUAACUGGUUAAAUUAAAUGGUUCAGUCAUGUUGUGGCUCUAGUGUUGCCAGACUCAUUCUUAUGAGACUCAUUUAGACUUAUUCAUAUCUCCCUGAUAUGCAGGUCUAAUGAUUAGGUAAUGGUAGUUGGUAUAGUGGGGUAGUUAGUAUGAGGUAGAUUUGGGCGUAUGUUAUGCUAAAUAAACAAGGGAUUUGCAUUAGCGUUCAUGUUACUUGCCUCCUGUCAUUUCGAGGUGUGUAAUGGAAUGUAAUGGGGUUAGUUAGUGUAGUUGAGGGGAAGUUGUAGUGCGGGGGUAUUGUGGAGUUGAGGGGAAGUUGGAGGAGUUGAGUAGGGUAGUUAGUGUAGUUGAGGGGAGUGGUGUUAGUAGGGGUAGUUAGUGUAGUUGAGGGGAGGAAGUUGUUAGUAGGGGGUAGUUAGUGUAGUUGAGGGAAGUUUGGAGUAGGGGUAGUUAGUGUAGUUGAGGGGAAUUGUUAGUAGGGGUAGUUAGUGUAGUUGAGGGGAAGUUGUAGUAGGGGGUAGUUAGUGUAGUUGAGGGGAAGUUGUUUAGUAGGGGUAGUUAGUGUAGUUGAGGGGAAGUUGUAGUAGGGGUAGUUAGUGUAGUUGAGGGGAAGUUGUAGUAGGGGGUAGUUAGUGUAGUUGAGGGGAAGUUGUAGUAGGGGUAGUUAGUGUAGUUGAGGGGAAGUUGUAGUAGGGGUAGUUAGUGUAGUUGAGGGGAAGUUGUAGUAGGGGUAGUUAGUGUAGUUGAGGGGAAGUUGUAGUGGGGUAGUUAGUGUAGUUGAGGGGAAGUUGUAGUAGGGGUAGUUAUAUUGUGGUGUAGCCUAUAUGUAGUAGGCCUAUUAGUGGUUAGUUACAGGGGCAGUGUGUGUAGUAGUAAGAUAGGUAUAGGUUGAUAUUUAGCUGGUAUAUGAGGUAGUCCUAGGGGUAGUUAGCUGGUAUAUGAGGUAGUCCUAGGGGUAGUUAGCUGGUACAUGAGUUAGUUCUAUGGGUAGUUAGCUUAGGGUAGUUAUAAUGUGAUAGUUGUUCUAGGGCAGUGUGUCCAGUGAGGUGUAUAAUGGAAGGUUGAUAUAUUAUUCAUGGUGUGUCUGGUGUCCCCUUACAGGAUCCUCUUUCACCCAUGGCCAUUGUGUGUGUGUGAUGCCAGUGUGACAAGGCCUGAGUGUAUAGAGCAGUGAUUUUCAGUGAAGUAGCCUAAAGGUUACAGGUAGCUGUAGUCAUAUCAUAUUGUUUUGAGAUCCAUGCACAAGUUGUGCAACUUGAAAAUGGUAUGUUACUGGCUCAAGCAAUAUUUCAAUAACUGUAUGUGUACUAAUGUCUGUAAUGUGUGUUUGUGUGUGUGUGUGUGUGUGUGUGUGUGUGUGUGUGUGUGUGUGUGUGUGUGUGUGUGUGCAGGCAGGGAGUGAUGGGGAGAGUAUAGGUAACUGUCCAUUCUCUCAGCGUCUCUUCAUGAUCCUCUGGCUAAAAGGAGUCGUCUUCAACGUCACUACAGUCGACCUGAAGAGGUAAAACACACACACACAUACACACACACUCUCAGACACACACUAACCCAGCAUUGUGUGUUGUCCUUUAGAAAGCCGGCGGACCUCCAUAACCUUGCUCCAGGCACUCACCCACCCUUCCUGACCUUCGAAGGAGAGGUGAAGACGGACAUCAAUAAGAUAGAAGAAUACCUAGAGGAGAUGCUGGCUCCACCCAGGUACACACACACACGUGCAUGCACACACACAGUAAAGAGUGUAAAUAAGAUUGUGUGUGUGUUAACACUGGUGUUCCUCAGGUAUCCUAAACUUGCAGCUAAGAACCGGGAGUCCAAUACGGCAGGAAACGACAUCUUCGCCAAGUUUUCAGCCUACAUAAAAAACACCAGGCCAGAGAACAACGCAGGUACAGACACACACACACACCUUGCUGAUCUAGGUGGGUUGUCUGGGUUUGUGUGUGUGUAGUAAUGUGUGUGUGUUCCUGCAGUUCUAGAGAAAAGUCUCAACAAGGCAUUAGCCAAGCUGGAUGAGUUCCUUUUAUCCCCGCUGCCAGAGGAGCUGCAGGAUGGCAGAGAUGUGGCAGAAGGGGGGUCUGUACGGAAGUAUCUAGACGGAGACACACUAACACUGUCCGACUGCAACUUGCUGCCCAAAUUACAUGUCGUCAAGGUAUUAUUCCUAUUGUUAUUAUCCAACUACAGACAGAAAGGGAUGAUCAACCAAUUACAGAAGUGGACUGUAUCAAGAUACAAUAUCUCUUUACCUUUGGUGUUUUAUUCAGAUCCACCUGUUCCUGGCUUUAGUGUUGUGCCCUAAACUCUUAUGACCUCAAAUACCACCUUCUGCCCAUACAGGGCACUCCUUCUGUCCAGACUCACCUAUAGGUUUAUAUGGUUAUGGUUACUGUAUCAGAAGUGAUUGUGAUUCUCUCCAUGGUGUGUGUUCUGUCUCCAGGUGGUCGCUAAGAGAUACCGUAAUUAUGAGAUCCCUGCAGAGCUGCGGGGUGUAUGGCGUUACAUUCGAAACGCCUACAGCCGAGAUGAGUUCACCAACACCUGCGCCGCUGACGCAGAAAUAGAACUAGCCUAUCAGGACGUGGCUAAGAGGCUGUCCAAAUGAUAAUACCUGGAAUCAGCGACACCCCCCUCCAGCUUGUUGACAUUUGAUCAUAACUCUGUGUAGUUUUUCUAAAUGAAUAAAAUCAGGUCUCGUUAAAUCUGAUCAAAUAAACCAGACUCAGUCAUAUAAAACCUGUUUUAGUAUAUCCUGCUUUCUUUUAUAGUGAUGGAGUUUUAGACUUUUACUCUAAUAAUUGUUUUUUUUAUAUAGUUCCAGCUGUCCCACAAAAAUACAUUUUCAGAGCAAGGAUGACACAGCAAGAUGAUCAAUAUGUUAAUAUUGCAAGAUUAACUUAAUUUAAGAUGUAUGAUCUUUGAUCUUUAUAAUAUGUUAAUAUUUGAAAAGUUUUAUUACAGUAAAUUGGAGCAAAAAGCAGUAAUGAAGGGAAAGUGCUAUUUUGGCUGACUGAAUGGAAGAACACUAUUGAUAACACACAGUAUUGUUAACACACAGUAUUGAUAACACACAGUAUUGUUGGCCACAGUAGAUUUAAAUUAAUGGUUGGUUGGUAGAUUAAUGAAUGAUAGGGCAUCUGAUUGUGAAGCUAAACUGUUUUCCCAGACUGCACCGUCCUGUGGUCACAGAGUGUAGUGUGUAUUGUAAAACCAGGCAUUGACAACAAAGUGGUCAUAUAAUUAUACUGAUUUGAUCAUAAGUUAACGAAUGUCAAUGAAUGUUAUUGCUCUAAUUUAAAUAAUACAUAUAUUUUCUCAGAAAUUAGUUGGCUGGACUCUUUACUGUUACUCUAAUAAUCAACAUUCUCUCCC